UUUGUUUAUGUUUUUAGCUGCUGUCUUUCUCGACAAUGAUUGGUUGACAGGCUUAAUACGUAAUAGACUGUGAGUGGAUCUGGAUUCUGGUUAGUUGUAUUUUUCAAAAGGGGCGUGUUCAAGAGCCAACGCGGAAGUACAUUUUUUCCACCACACAAUUAUACCGUUUCAGUUUUUGUUUGCGUGGCCUUAUAAAGUGUUCAAAUACAAACUAUGACAUUAUUAUUGACAUCCACAGCUUCUAUGAAUUAUCCCUGAACCAGUUCUGUAACAAUUUAUGGGAAAUAAAAGAUCAGUGCAUUCCUGUUUUCUGUCGUGUGUACCUUUUAAAGACGGGUAGGAACUUUUUAAACUCAUUAUCUUGGGAUUAAAAUAAAACGGUAUAAAUCGGAUAUGUAUAAAUAUUACCCAAGCCCUGCCAGGCCAGGUAUUUGUGCUACAUGUGCUCGUUUAAAGGGUGACACCCCACACUGACGGAUAUCUUUGUGCUCGGCUCACACUGGGAGCUCUGGCUAGUAAAAGAUCAGCAGGCGAUCAAAGCAAACCCGUUUAGUAAGUAAAACAGCUGUCCUAAUUUACGGAAAACCACGACUCAAAGCGACAUAAUGUAUUAUUUGCAAGUGAAAUAGAAGAAGCGUUACAGUUUUAGGCAAUUUGAUCCCAUUCCUGUCGUGCUAUUGUGUGGAUGGAUCUAAAGCUGAACGGGGGAAGGAGGAGGCCGUGAGAGACAGCGACGUCGCGACCUGGGAACUACCGAGGGGGAUAUGAUUAUCGUGGAAAAGGCCCGAGUCUGUGUUUUCCCGAGCUCACACCGAAUUCGUUGAGUCCAAUAUGGGGAAGGAGGUGAACGGCGUCUCGCGGAGCCGGUUUGAGAUGUUCACAAACAGCGAUGAGGCCGUCAUCAAUAAGAAGUUGCCCAAGGAACUGUUGCUGCGGAUCUUCUCCUUUCUGGAUGUGGUGACGCUCUGUCGCUGUGCUCAAGUCUCCAGGUCCUGGAAUGUUCUGGCUUUGGAUGGCAGCAACUGGCAGCGAAUUGACCUCUUUGAUUUUCAGAGGGACAUCGAGGGUCGAGUGGUGGAGAACAUUUCAAAGCGUUGUGGAGGGUUUCUCAGGAAACUGAGCUUGAGAGGAUGCCUGGGUGUGGGGGACAGCGCCUUAAGGACCUUUGCUCAGAAUUGCAGGAACAUCGAACUGCUUAGUCUGAACGGCUGCACCAAGAUCACAGACAGCACAUGCAGCAGCCUCAGUAAGUUCUGUCCAAAGCUGAAGCACCUGGACCUUGCCUCCUGCACCUCCAUCACCAACUUGUCACUGAAAGCUCUCAGCGAGGGUUGUCACUCUCUGGAGCAGCUGAACAUUUCCUGGUGUGAUCAGGUCACCAAGGAUGGCAUUCAGGCUCUGGUGCGCUCCUGUCCUGGACUCAAAGGCCUUUUCUUGAAGGGCUGCACACAGCUAGAAGACGAGGCUCUGAAGCAGAUCGGGGCUUACUGUCCAGAACUGGUCACGCUCAACUUGCAGACAUGCUCACAGAUCACAGACGAGGGCCUCAUCACAAUUUGUCGGGGUUGUCACCGCCUGCAGUCUCUGUGUGUGUCAGGUUGUGCCAACAUCACAGAUGCCAUCUUGCAUGCUCUGGGACAGAAUUGCCCCCGCCUCAGAAUAUUAGAAGUGGCCCGCUGUUCUCAGCUUACAGAUGUGGGCUUCACUACGUUAGCUAGGAACUGUCAUGAACUUGAGAAGAUGGAUUUAGAAGAAUGUGUGCAGAUCACAGAUGGAACUCUCAUCCAGUUGUCUAUUCACUGCCCUCGCUUGCAAGUCCUGAGUCUGUCCCACUGUGAGCUGAUCACGGAUGAUGGCAUCAGACACCUCGGCAGUGGCCCCUGUGCUCACGACUGUCUGGAGGUGAUCGAGCUGGACAACUGCCCCCUCAUCACAGACGCCUCGCUGGAGCACCUGAAGAGCUGCCACAGCCUGGAUCGCAUCGAGCUCUACGACUGCCAGCAAAUCACCCGCGCAGGCAUCAAGAGACUGAGGACUCAUCUGCCCAACAUCAAAGUGCACGCAUACUUCGCUCCCGUCACUCCACCCCCCUCUGUCGGGGGCAGUCGUCAGAGGUUCUGCCGCUGCUGCGUCCUCCUAUGAUGAAAAGACAACGGCCCCCUUUUCCCCGCCCGUGUACUUUGUACGCCUACCUGCAGCCUGACACUUCACCCCUGAACUGCUGCCCCAUCUGUCUACAGGCUACAUGCUGAUGUGUGUUGUGCUCCCUGCAGAAAGGAAGCCAACAACGCUGCAAGGUUCUUGGGUAACCCCCAAAAAUUCUUGAAUGUCCUCAUAAAUGCACCAGAACAGCAGAAGUAGAACCGCUGCAUCUUCCCAGCCUGCCCCACGGGAACACAUCAGUAUUACAAAGCGGGUUUGAUGGAAAUGAGUUCCAAUGAUUGUUGUUGUGGCUGUUGGAGCUCUUCACAUCACAACCUUUCCUUCAACUACAAUUUCCUUGGUGAAGCUGACGAAACGGCUACCUCUGCACAGGAACCGCACUCGAGCGAGAGAAGCGUUUGCUCGCUUUGUUUCCCAGCGACGCCACCAAGACUGCCAACCCCCCCCCCAACACACACCAGACAGAAAGCAGCAGAAAGCCUUACCUCAUUUUUUUUUUUUUUGUAAGAAUUCUUGCAGCUAUUUGCACUUCCAGUUAAAAACAAAAACAAUGAGACACUUUACAAACACGACCAUCUCACAAUUGAAGACUGGCAGUGGACAAAUAUCCUUCACGCUCUCCGCCUCUGUUACAAUCAGAAGCUUCAAAAAUACUGAAGACAGGAAUAAAAAAAACAAGAAUAUUUUUUUAAAGAUUCACACCAAUUGAGACUCGCAAACAGGGGAUUUGAGAAGAUGCCAAAUGUUGCAUGUAACUUAUCUAGUUUUUUAAAAAUCUGUGUAAAUAUGCGAGGACUGUGGGGUGUGAGAGUUGAAGCCAGUUGAAACAGAACACGAUUGGUUCGAGCAUGCUUCUGCACGCUGGAGCCUUUUGGAGGACAAAGCGAGCCCACUCUGUGAACCGAAGCUGGCUUGUGACCUGAACUUUCUUUGUUGUCGUUUUUUUGGGGCAGAAGACUUUAAAAAAAAAAAUUGAACAUUACUAAAUGGUUUCACGACUGGGACAUUUGGAGGGAAAAAAAGGCCGACUGAAAGGAGGUUUUUUGGUGGUUUUUUUUUUGGGGGGGGGGGGGGGGGGGUUCUGAUGUUGAAGAAUCUGUUCACGAAGGGGGGAAAGCACACGCUGGAUGAGGAGUCUGCGUUUCCACGACUCCAAUGAGGCCUUGAGGGAAGAUGGCGUGUGACACCCCAGCCCUCGCAGCCAUCCCUGCCAGCCAGGACGCUGCAGGACCUUAGAACCGGAUCGGACUCGAGGAGUCGCAUUAAUAGGUAGCGGAGCAAAUCUCAAGCUCACAAGGAUAGAAUGCUUUUGUCCCAGAGGGUUAUGAAAAACUGAAAACCCCGCCCUUUUAAGUAUUGAAGCCUUUUACCCUGAGGAUUACCUUCGUCUUGCACUUUCACCAGCUGUGUUCUGUCACUUUCUUUUUAUCAUUGUGUUUUUCCUUCUAUUUCCUCUGGGUCUUUUUUUUUUCUUUUUCUGCUCAUCUUUGCUGUGGUUUGGAUGCCUGCUUUGUAUUUGAAGUCUUCAAGUUGAGUUUUGGCCCCCCUUUUUUUUUGGAUCAAAUGGAGUUUUUUUUAGGUUAGAAUUGUUUGUGUCCACAGUGUAGCUUCUGUUGAGAGGGAGUAUUUGCACCUGUGCAACUGUGCUCAAUGUUAAAUGUGAGUUUGACCUUUCUGUUUUGAUGGAGGCACUCUCCGUGACACUUGUUUAUGAAGUGGGCUCUCAUUAUUGAAUGUUUCUGUCAAGGAGAAGGAUGUUUUGUGCAGAAAAGAUAUUUUUCCUAGAAUUGUGCUUCCUCUGCUUAUUUUAUGCCUUGUUUUUCCCCACUCCUCUUCUUUUCAAACUGCCCCCAAAUUUACCAGAGCAGAUCCGGAAUCACCCACAAAAAUGCAAAGCUACAGGCAAAACCAAAUUAAGAUUCAAUGUGGUGUGAGGUCUGUUUUGUGUGUUUGUGGGGGAUUCAUCAAAGUAUCAGAAAUGUAAUGCACUCUUUAGGUUAUGACCGUUAAGUAAACCAGGGAAAAGUUACAGGAAUUCAACAAUGAGCCUGGAUGAGACGUCUUUUUGCCCUCGUCAGGCAGAGGCGCUUCCCACCUGCUUCUGAAGGUUCACCUGUACAAAAAAAAAAAAAACCUGCCUCAAUCAUCUUCAUUCUUGGUAAAAACAACACUACAGGCUCACAUUUUUUUGUUUUGUUUUGAUGACAGUGAAUCAUACCUGUGUCCAUUUGCGCCAGAACUCCAUCGGGAUAAAUAGAAGUGUAGCUUUGCAAAUUGUCUUUUUUGUAUUUUUUGUUUUUUUUGGCGCUUUGGUCCCAAACACUGGAGCAAGGUGGAGAAUCGAAACAGAGCAGGAGGUGAAUCUGGUCUGUCUGUCUCCUUUAAUUGGUCGACACCUGAACAUUUUCAAAAAGUUUUGACAAUGACGGUAGUUCACAUAAUUACUGUGCAUUUUUCCUUUUUUUUUCUUUUUUUUUACAAUUAACCAAUAUAAAUUAAUCUGUAUGAAUAAAUGUAUACCUAUAUUAUUAA